AUGCCAAAGUGAGUAUGACUUUCAUUUCUUGAAAUAAGUGGGUUCAGAGUCUUGAUGAUAAAAUACAACUUGGCCUGGAUCUUCCAUGGCCCAUGUAAGCACUACAGCGUUCAGUUUUGCGUUUGGAGUAGGUCUACGCCUAAUUUUUUGUCUUGAAAGCAAUUUCCAGCUCAAUCCUUCAUGAUGCAUGGCAUGACUCACGGCAUCACACUCACAGUAAUCUCUUUUGGCUACCGUCUUUUCGUUAUAAAACAUCCGUCGCCGUGCAAGAAAAAGCUUUGGCUCAUCAUAGUCCUCUGUUAUUUUCCCUCUCUCGGACUGUUUGUCAGUUUUCAAAUGAUUUCAUUAAAAAGGUCUAGCUAACAGUUGAGGAAAAAAACUGUAUGUUUCAAAUGAAACUUACACUUUUUCAGUACCAAAUGAGUAGAAACGAGAUUUUUCAGGCUGCUCUCAUCUUAGCUCGCGACUUAGACCCAGUUAUAGUCCAAACAUUAAAGGAAUUAAGGAAGGAUAUAGAAUGGACCAAAAUUGACCAUGCCUUCUUUAAAUCUGUUUUCACAGUGACUACAGGAAGUAAUUUAUCUCUGGAAUGGAACAAUCUUACAUUUAAGGGUUCUUCAGGUAGUGCUGUUUAUUUGGGUUUCAUAACAACUUUCGGCUGUAUCUCCGUGGUAUCGAUGAGAAGAAAGGCGCACUUGAUCCUCCAAAGAGCGGACACUUCUUUGAGUCCACUGACAAAGAGAGUUCAUAGGACUUUGAUGAAGGUCCGCUAAACGCAUAGGUUCUGUUCUUAGAAACGCCAGAAUGGUUCCUGUGGGGGACGGAAAAAAUUCCUUCUAUAGUGGUAGGACUUUGUUGAAAUCUUACUAAACGGAUAGGAUAUAUUAUUGAGAAACGCCAGAAUGGUCUCCAUAGGGGUUUGAGAAAAAAAAACAUUCACUAUAUCUCAUUCACGGAAACCCCUAGAGUGGUCCUUUUCGCGAACUAAAGUGCACCUGAAGGACAAGGUAAGGUGAUCUCUAAAGGAGAAACUUCAAGGACCUCUAUGGUCAUCCCUAUAGGGACAACUGUCAUGUUUGUGAGUUAUGAAUUGAACUUUUAGGCUCUGGCGAUGCAAGCCUCGCUUCCAUUUAUCCUCUACUUCUCGGAUAUGGUUUUUUCAUCAAUGUUGUUGCUUCAAAUUCGUUCAUCAGUUCUAGAAAACGCCAUUUGUCUUUUCUCAAUGUUCCCGCCGGCGUUGUCCCCGAUAAUGUCAAUCUACUACGUUCAACCGUAUCGGUUUGUGAUUUUUGAAGUUUCAAUAGGGAUGAAGUGCGUUUGAGGAUUGGAUUGGAAGAAUUCAUAAAAAAGUGUUGCGGUAUCGCGACGAAAUUGAAGGUGCUAAAUACCAAAACGGCUACUGUGACAACUUCAAGCCAUAGCAGGGGUGCUGCGUCGUCUGAAAGAUGGGCGUGAAUAAACUUUUUUUCUUGCCAACUUCAUAGAUGAAUAAAAAUGCAUUCAAUUUUUAAACUUUUUGCAGAGUCAAACUUAACAUCCCCAGACAUUAUCUUUGUUUUCCACAAAAGCUCGUUCAAGCGGACUGAAUUUUAUUUUGCAUUAUUCAAAAAAACAAUUAGUCACCCAAAAAACGAGGCCGCCCGGUUGCUUCAUUACCUUGUAGAAAUUUUGUUUUGUCCCAUCUUCAUCAAUAUUGUUGGCCCCUUUUUUGUCUUUCAACUGAAAGACGGAUAAAAUCUUCAAUUAGCUGUAUUCUAACCAACUAUUCAGGAAAAUAUUCGAAUUCGCAAGUGAGUAAAAACUUCAAGCCUUUAAAAACUAUCAUUCUAGGAGCCUGUGAAAAAGUCGAAUUCGUGAGAGUUUUUUAAUCCUUUGAAAGUUGACUCAAGUCGCCGCGAAGAAAAAUAAUUAUCCGGUAAGUCUAAUUUUUCUUAACUAUAUAGAUGAGUAUUUGAUCUGGUAACGUCCGUUUUAACAGAAACAAAUGGAUAUUUUUGACGAGAUUUCCUGGUAUUCACACGCUGUCGCGGCCGUUAUGGGAAUCGCCUUCAACUGCGUCUUCAUUCUAUUAAUUUGCACCAGGACAACACGAUUUUUGAAACCUUAUUGGUUCGUUGAUCACUAUUUCACCUACAGUUUACUUUGCUUGAAAAUUAUAAAGCUUAUCAAAACGUUUUCCCACGCCAAUGGCUUGAUUAUGAGUCGUGAAAAAACGCUUGACCAAACAACAUAAGCCUAGAAAGUUCUACAAAAAGAAUCGUGUAUCGAGCUAUAAAAGGUUAGAGUACAUUUCAGGAUCCUUCUCAUUAAUGUCGCAAUCACCGACUUGAUUUGCUCAGCUUCACUGGGAGGAGUGAUGACAAGGUUUUUGAGAGUCGGUAUAAUGAAGUUUAAAGGAAAUUUCAGGCCGGUCUUGAUUCACGAUAGCUUAGGCUGCGUCUUCCACGGCCCUUGCAAAUAUAUUGGUUCUGAAUUUUGCUUUUUUGGUAGCCUAACAACUUCAAUGCAACAUUUCCUCAAAUUGUAGUCUUCCAGCUCAAUCGCUCAUGUUGCAUAGCAUGACUCACUGUAUUAUACUCACCAUCAUUUCUUUCAAAUAUCGCAUUUUCGUGUUGAAGAAUCCGUCACCAAGUAGAAAAACUAUUUGGCUUUUCAUAGUAUUCGGCUAUAUUCCUUCUUUCGUCAUGGUGGUUAGUUUUUUUCUUCAGUUUCUUUCCCAAAAUGGAAGGACAUGUUUCAGUGUACUUUUUUCUAUGCUCGCGAAACAGAUUCCGGUAAAAUCGAAACUUUGAAACAGCUAAGAAGCGAUGUUGAAUGGAACAAAGUUGCUCACGUCAUCAUCAAAUCCUUCUUCACGAUACCUACUGCAAGUAUGCUCUUUAGAGCGAUUGGAAAGCCUCAAACUUGUUCAUACUACAGUUAUUGCCGGUUUUCUGGGCUUCCUGACAACUGUUGGCUGUUUCGCAGUGAUUGUUAUGAGACGAGAGGCGCAAUCGAUCUUGAAAAAGGCGGAUAUAUCAUUGAGUCCAGUGACGAAACGAGUUCACAGGACUUUGAUGAAGGUUUGCUGAGUGACCUUUGGAGGCUUUCUAAAUUAUUACAGGCUCUGGCGAUGCAGGCUUCACUUCCUUUUCUCAUGUACAUCUCGGAUCAAAGUGUUUCGUUCAUGUACGUCUUCCAAAUGCAUUCAUCGGCAGUGGAAAACUAUAUCUUGAUGCCUUCUAUGCUCCCCCCGGUGUUUUCUCCAAUUCUUUCCAUGUAUUACGUUCAGCCAUACAGGUUUUUAAUUUGAAAAGACAAGGCAGAAAUGGCCUUUUUCCAGAAAUGGGCUUCAAGAGUGGGUCAGGACGAUUUGUGGUUCCCAUAAAAAGACCAGACCGGAGCCGGUGACCAAGAUUGAAUCCAUCACGACAACCUGUCCAAAACCCAACACAGAUAUCAGAAAUAAAACCAAAACUUUCUUAUGACAUAUAAAAAGAUAUCUUAGGAAUGCCAGAGUGGUCACUGCAGGGUUAGGGAAAUCUGCCCUUCUAUGUAUUUUCGAAAAUCUUAGAGAACGUGUUCAGUUCCCUGUUGUGAUCUUUUAAUUCAUUUUUCUGAUUUGAAAGUCACCCUAAAGUGAGCUCGUGCCCUUAUAAAGGGAGGUAAGGUGGCCCCUAGAAGGAAGCCUACAAGAGUCCCUAUGGGACCACUCUGGCAUUCCUAAGAUUUCAUUUCUGAGCUGCUGACUCGUUCUCUUGAUGUUUAUUGUUAGGAGUAGUAAUUUGUAUCCUUUCUGGGAGCGCGCCGGAAAUAAGAUUUCAUAAACAUCGAACUUGUGAAGAAGCUUACUCAGCAGGUCGCUUUUCAUUGAUAAAUUGUCAAAAUAGUGAAAAGCUGAUGAGAAAGACAUGUCUUGAAUUUACGCAAGACGUGUUUUUUGAAAGCCAAACUCAUUAGUUGUGGAAUUUUUCCGUCUACAUAGUUCCCAUAUACCCCAUCCUUUUGUUUGCUGAUGUUUCUUUUUUUUUUGAUCUCACAACGUUCUUUGAGAUUUUUUUCAUGUCAAGAUGAUUAUGAGAAAAUGAAUUUGUGUUUCAAUGAAUAAAAAAAAAUUAAUCAUGAAACAUCAUUGGUUUUCGGUUCAAUCAUCGCAGUUCACAUUACCUUCUGGGAAAUAACAAUCGUAUUGCGGUUAUUUCCUUCUAAGGGUGUGGGAAAGCUCAGGCGUGUCUGAGAGGAAACCAGAAGCCCUUACUUUAUUUCCUUUAAAAACCAGAUUCUCGACUGAACGUUUUUUGCUUUCUACAGCAACUCUUUCGAAUUUUUUUAACCAGAAUUCAAAGCGUGAAAAAUUAGCAAACGAUUCCACGCUUUUUAGAAAAAAGCUAGUCUUAAUCGUAUUUUUUGUUUCAUCGUAUUUCAUGUAGAAGACUUGCUCAAGCAUUCAAAUAUGUAUAAACAGGCUCGAAAUUGCUAUUCCUAAUAUAUCUUUUAACCAUACUUCAAUACCUACGUCACAAUUCUCUUUGAGACUUCUAUAAAUAAUUAGAUAGCGAAGCUACAAACCUCCUCCUCAGAUUUUUUCACCAUUUCAUAAUACCUUUUUUAGACCUGAAAUGGACGUUUUCGAUGAAAUAUCGUGGUUUUCGCAUACCGUCGCCGCCGUCAUGGGAAUCGCCUUCAACUGCACUUUUAUUUUAUUGAUUUGCACAAGAACAACACGACUUUUGAAGCCUUAUUGGUUGGUUAAUAUCUUGGCGAAGCUAAUUUUUCCGAAGUGUCAAAUAUUUUGAAUAGUAAUUGAAUCACUCACGCUUGUGGACUCGAGAAAGAAUCUCAAAGUGGCAAGAAACAUUUUAUGACUCAAAAUAUGGAUACUGAAAACAAGCUAUCAUUUCCGAUGUAGUUUCAAGCUUUAAAAGAGAAAAGAUCCUUGUUGGAAUGAUUCUGUUCGCAUUGCGGUGAGCGUAGUAAUAUUCUACAAUACUUACCUAUGUCAUCAAGCGCAAGUAGUUUUGAGUCGGCUGCACCGCACCUCAGUCGUCAAGAGUAAAUCCAUUCCGAAUGCGACUCUGUUCUUUCAAGUUCAGCCAAACUAAGUCUCAAAUGUUAAAUUUUCAGGAUUAUCCUAUUUAACGUCGCCCUGACAGACCUGAUUAGCUCUGCAUCUCUGGGGUUUGCCAUGACACGGUAAGUGAAAGAAUUUUUUUUAUUUUUGGAGUUUCGAUAUAAUCAACGAGAUCUUUUCAUUUGAAAAAAAGUAUGUACCCCAAAGCAAGAUUUAAAAAAAAGUUUCGCACUCCAACAAGAAAGACGCAAUUUUCAGAAUGGUGGUGAUUGGCGACAACUUGGCGUACAUUUUCCAUGGUCCUUGCAAGUAUUUUGGGCCGGAAACUUGCUUUCUAGGUAAAAUUUUUCGAGAAGUUCAGUAACUACAUUCUGUGUUUUCAGGCCACGCGAUCAUGCUACACACAUUGGUCCACUGCGUCGCCCUUACCAUAAUCUCGUUCGGAUUUCGACUUUGCGUGUUAGGACAUCCAUCUCCGAGCUCGCGAACUCUCUGGCUCAUCGUUGUUCUUGCAUAUCUUCCUUCUUUCGUCAUGUUUGUAAGUUUUACGGGUUGAUAUUUGAUCGGAUAACUUCUACAUGGAACAAGCUUAUUUCCGAAUUUCUGUCCAUGAAAAAGCAAGACUCAGUUGAUUUAAAAUUUUAAUAUGUCCUUUCUCAAACAAAGACAAAGGCAAAACCGUUCUGGUCCAUAUUAAUCUCGAAACAAUUGUAAAAGGAAACAUUUGGAGCCGACUUUAGAGGAAUGAAAAAUUUUUUUUUUCUCUUUUGCUUCGAUGUCUCGGGGAUCAAGCAUAUCGUGUUGCGCAAGUAAUAUCAUGUCGGAGGUGAUUAAAAAAAUUGAAAAAAAGUUUAUACAACUUAUCCAGUAGUUCUUUGAAAAUCAGGCUAACCCCAAAAUUCCAGUGGACCCUCUUCACUACCGUUGAAACUGAUCCGAAUGUUGUCGAAUCUCUGAUGAAACAAAAAGACGACAUUCCAUGGGCUAAAGUCUCCCACGCUUUCCUAAUUUCUGUCUCCACACCAAACCAUGGAGGUGAGAGAAAAAAAAGGAGUGAGAAAUUAGCUUUCAACAUUUCAGGCUGUUGCCUUUAUUCGUUCAUCAUGACAACUGUCGGCGGCUUUUCGGUGAUUUUCUUGAGACGGAAAGCACAUUUGAUCUUGCAAAAGGCCGAAUUGAGUACGACCACGAAAAAAGUGCACAAGACACUGAUGAAGGUAACUCAAUUUCAAAAUAAUGUUUGCAUUUUGAAAUUUUGCAGGCCUUGGCAAUGCAAGCAUCCCUCCCAUUUCUCAUCUAUUUUGCUGAUAUCGUUUUCACAAUAAUGUGUCUUUUCCAAAUUCAUUCAUCGCUGAUAGAAAACUCGAUUUUCCUGCUCUCAAUGUUCCCACCGGCGUUGUCUCCAGUUAUGUCAAUCUACUACGUUAAUCCGUAUCGGUUUUUUUAUAUUUAAAAUUGUUACUUUUUUUGAAAAGAGUUUUUUUCAGAAAUGGAUUACGUGAUUGGGCAAAGAGAUUGGGAUUUUCAAGAAAGUCGAGGCGAAAGGAUGCGCCGAGAAUCGUCUCACAUGUCACAGUAACCAGGCCGAAUCAUAGCUGGAGUUUGGGGACUACUGACCAUUGGCAUUGAAUAAAUCAAUAGUUUUUAAUAUUAAUUUUGAUUAGCAAGAUAAAAAUGUGAAUAAAGAGCUCAAACUUGUUCUGAAGGAAAUAGGAAGCUUUCUCACAAGGUCUGGGAAGUUCGUCACAAUUGCGAUCUUACGUCUUCUUGCCCCUAUUUUCACGCCUUUGUACCGCUUGCGCAGCCACGGCGCCUCAAGUCAAUAAGGCAAGGUCCUGAAUCCGGACUGCGGAUAUCAGUGAAGGAUACACAGUGAACUGGCUCCGGCGACAUAUCCGUCUUGUGUGAAGUCUAGGUAUUGGUUUCCCACUACCAAACCUUCUUGAACUUCUUGGUUGGGGCAAUGAUCGACCCUAUGGACCGUAGUAUGACCUGACUACAGUUUGGGUCUUUCCUCUUGAAAAAUGAGAAUCAGAUUAAAAUAUAAACUUAACGACUAAUGUCCAAUCUCUAUUAUCAGCAUUUUUUUAUCGUCAUCGUACUAGUACAUAUGACAGUUCUCAGGAAUUUCCACCGCUUCCAGGCUUCAGCUACAGUCUUCCAAAAAAAUAAACUUCUUUCUAUUAUUUUAUCUCAAUAGUUCCCGAAAAAUUAAAAAGAUCCAAAUUAGAAAUACCCCUAUAAUUUUUCAAUAUAAUGCGGACCAUUUAUGAUGAUGCAGUUUGUUUUGACUGAUUCAAAAAAAUUGAGUUUAAUUAAUACUUUCAUGCAGCCAUUUUUUUAAUUAUUUCCUUUCUCUGAACCUUUUACUCGCUUUUUUUAAGCCGCCGCCACAGAAAGAUUCUGAAAAUCAUAUUUCAAUCACCACUAAGCUGAAAAUUGCUACGAAAGAAAAAUGAGGAUAAACGUUGUUAAGUAAUCGUUAGGUCAUUCUCUUGGAGAAUGUGGGAAUUCUUAGGCGGGUCUGAGAAAUGGAUCUAGUGUACUUUCUUUUUUCUUACUUUAUCAGAAAUGUGUUCCCCAUUCUUUUCGAGUUUUUCAUACAUUUACUAGACAAGGAUUGGUCUGAAAAAGUCUGUUUGUUAAUCGAAUAAAGUUAUAGAAAAAUUCCUGUGCCUUCUAGGAAGUUUGUACUGUAGCUGAGAUAAAGUUUUAUGUCCCAGAAUAUCUUCCUCACAGGCUUUAUAUGGACCUUUUUGACGAGAUUUCGUGGUUUUUACACACUAUCGCAGCAUUCAUCGGAAUCAUCUUCAACUCCAUCUUCAUUAUUUUGAUUUUCACUAAAACGACGCAAGUACUGAAACCCUAUUGGUUUGUCAUUAUUUUAUUGAAUCUUCAAAGAGUAGGUAGGAAAAGAGCGAGUUUUCCUUAUUUACAGAGUACGGUAUGUUAAAGUCCGCAUUUGUGCAUUUAUCAUUUUUUGUAGAGCAAAAACUUGAAAAUUUGAAAAAUUGAAAAAAUCAAAAUGUGCAAACACGUAAAGGGCCCACGAAAAAUGCGGACUUUCACAUACAGUAUGGUUUGGAAAAGAAGAACUCGUUCUUCUCGUAGCAUAACUAAGCAAGGUAUCUAAUGAAGAGCUUUAAACGUGUUACAACUUAAAGGUUUUUUUCAAAAAGUCUAAUUUAAAAUGAUUUUCAUGAAGUUCUUUGUCCAGGAUAAUUCUCCUGAAUGUCGCGGUGACGGAUCUGAUUUGCACCCUAGCAAUGGGGCUGGCCAUGUCACGGUUUUUUUGAAAACUUUCCUGGAAAGUUAAAUCAACUUCAGACUACUAAUGAUUGCCGAAAACACAGCGGCAAUUUUUCACGGUCCUUGCAAGUAUUUCGGACCGAAAUUCUGCUUGCUCGGUAGCUUCUGCCUAACUUCCGACUGUUUCACACUUUUUUUUGAGGGCAUACGAUCAUGCUCCACGGCAACAUUCACUGUAUUAUGCUGACCAUAAUUUCAUUUGGGUAUCGACUUUUCGUGUUGAAAUACCCUUCGCCGAGAAAAAGGAUGCUUUGCCUGAUUGUGGCACUUGGCUACUUGCCUUCUUUUGUCGAGUUUGUCAGUUUUUUUAAAGCUUUACUGAAGCUACGAACCUUCGAAUGAUUUUUCGAAUCAAGUUUAGAAUCUCGUAGGAGGAGAAAAAAUAAAGAAACAUGUAAAAUCAAUGACUUUUUCAGUGCACUCUUCAAUUUACACUUGAGCCAGAUACAGUUCUGAUCGAAUCUCUGAAGCAAAAAAGAGAGGAAAUCGAUUGGAGCCGGACUUCAUUCGUGUUCUUCGCGUCGGUUAAUCAAAUCGCUAACGGAGGUACGGAAAACUCAAAAUUACUCCAUUUACCGAACCUCAGGCUGUUCAAUCUAUAUGUUCUUCAUGACCACAAUCGGCGUCGUUUCGGUGAUAAUAAUGAGACGGAAAGCGCAUUUGAUCCUGAAAAAUGCCGAUAGUUCGUUGAGCCCAACUACGAAACGGGUUCACAAAACCUUGAUGAAGGUUUGAAUGAUAUUAUUCUUUUGCUAUUAUAACUUUGUUCAGGCCUUGGCAAUGCAAGCCUCCCUUCCAUUUUUGAUGUUCAUCUCCUACAUGGUCUUCUCUUCCAUGGAAACUUUCCACCUUCACUAUUCAGUUGUGGAAAACUCAAUUUUCUUACUUUCAAUGUGCCCACCGGCCUUCUCUCCAAUCUUGUCCAUCUACUAUGUUCAUCCCUAUCGGUUGGUUUUUAAUGUGACUUGUCAGUUGUGUCUGCCUCUCUCUGUUUCUUCACCGGCGAGGUCAGAGAAAUAUGAAAAUAGCACGUCAAAAGGGCGGGAUGGCGCAGAGAAGUCGUUUCAAGAAGCCAAAAAUAACGAUUAAUGAACAAUUGAAGUUUUUUUUCAGAGUUGGACUGCAAGAGUGGAUGAAACGGUGUAUUGAUUUAUCUUUGAGGCCCAAUAAAUCGAAAGGCGUCAUUACCGUAACUACUUCAACUCCAAAAUUCAGUAUUGCUACUUCUGAUGCUUGGGAUUCAGCUACGAUUUAA